AGAAUAGCCAAAAACGGAUAAUUUAAAUAAAAACGAAAACUAAAACAAACCUAUCAUCGAUGGCAAGAAGUCAAAUUAUAAAAAAUGAGGAUGAUUCAUAUGAUGCCAAAUCAAACAGAAACAAUCAAAAGUACGAAUAACCCAUACAAUCACCUCCAGAUGAUUAUGCAAAUGAUUAAAAAAAAGUAGGACGAUGGACUCCUUAAGAAGAUGACAAGCUUCAAAAAUUGAUUGAAGGUAUUCAAAUUCAAUUUAUCGCUAGAAUACGGGGAAAAGAGUUGGAGAUUGAUAAGUAAUGUAAUGGAAGGUAGAAGCGCAAUUCAAUGCUUACAUAGAUGGACAAAGAUCCUUAGGCCUGGACUCAAGAAAGGUAGAGAGAUUAUUAUAUAAUAACCAAGGCCCAUGGUAGAACAAUGAAGAUGAGAGACUAUUAGAAUGGGUUAAGAAUAAUGGACCCAAUAAAUGGUCAUUGUGUGCUGAGAAUAUCACAGGACGCUCAGGAAAGUAAUGUAGAGAAAGGUGGUUCAAUAAUCUAAAUCCAAAUGUGAAAAAGGGGGGAUGGACAUCAGGUAAUUUACCCAUCUAAUCAAUUUAGACGAAGAUAAUGAAAUUUUCAAGGGCUAUUUAGCAUAUUCAUCCUCUUGGUCUAAAAUUGCCAAGAAUCUCUCAGGAAGAACUGAAAAUUCUGUCAAAAAUCGUUUUUAUUCAACAGUCAGAAAAUUAUUAGCUGAUCAAGAAAAAAAUGGAAUAUCCCUUUAAGUAUAUAACUAUUAUUUAGACUAGAUGUUGGAAGUUAAAUAAGAAAAUGGGACAUCAGCAUUGUAAACUUUUGUGAAGGCUCACCUUUAGAAAUUUGAAUAAUAUUUGUCAAUCUAAAUGGAAGAGGAAAAACCAGCUUAAGAUCUAAAGUUGGAAGAAAUGGCUAUCAAAUCAGAAGAUGAUAGUGUGUCCAAAAGGAAGAUGUAUACUGACACUUAUUAAGAAUAAAACUUACUUUACAGGUUAUUAUAGUCACAGGGAGGUCCUAUCAAGAGAACAUCGUGUAUGAAGGAUUACUCAACAAUCUAUAAGAAAUAUAAGAAGAGAUAUAAUUAAAGGAAGAAGGAUAAGUAGUAAUCUGAGAAGGUUGACAGACUUAGAAAGAUUAUUAUGAAAAAAGAUAUUUAGAAAUCAUUCGCUGAAUAAUAAGAGUUAAAUUUGAAAUAGAAUCUAGAAUAGUAUCUUUUGAAUUUUCAAGAGUGUAAGUUGGAAUAACAAAAUUAAUAUUAGGAUUCAGAUAAACUCGAUGAAUUUCAAGAUAAGCUAUUGCGCUUCUUUAAUUCAUAAUUGGAUUAAAUUAUGACAAAAGUAGAAACAGAAAUGGAUAAUACAAAGUAAUAAAAAUUAAUUCAAGAUGAGUAAUAAUUAUAAUAAUAAAUAACUAAAUAACUAAGGACUUAGAAUUCAAAAAGGUAAAUUACCAAGCUUUUCGAAGUGAAAGAAGAGGAAGUUCAAUUUAAUCAAUAAGUCAUAAAUACAUUUCUAAAACGAUUUAUUCAAUUUGAAAAUAAUGAUGAUAAAACUGAUAUUGCUAAUUUCAUAAUUCAAAAUCACAAAAUUGAUUCAAAAAUGAUGUUUCUAAUUAGUCAAUUGCACACUUUAGAAACUAUGUUAGGUGAUACAAAAAAAGAAUUCAGUCGAUUAGAAUCAAGUUUGUAUGAUAAAAUUCAUGGUACUUCCUUUCAAUCUAGCCAUUCUAACCAAAAUAUUUGA